CAUGGCGACAGAGCAGACUGGAGAAAUUGAUGCGAUGGAAAAUUCGAUCCGAACUUCCCAUCCUGGGUUUAGCAAUGAAAAAUAUUCUCUGCUUGUUAUUGUCGGGGAACACAGCCGACCUGGCCUUGUGGAUUACGUGGUUGCCGAGAUAGAAAGAGGCAUUCGCUCCUGGGAUGUGGACCUGAUGGCCUGCAACCUGGACGAGCAGCUCAAGCUCUUCGUGUCGAGGCACUCCGCCUUCUUCUCAGAGGAGGUCAAAGGCCAGAGGACGCUGCAGCACAGUGGCGAUGUCCUGGAGACCCAGGUGGUGGUGAACCCCUCCCACCUGUGCAUGUGCUCGGAGGUGCGAAGGCUUAUUUCUGAUGUGUCGCGUCACAAAUUGCUGGUUCUUGCGGGACAGUGUGUGGAGGAGACUGGCGACUUAGUCUUGCAGACAGGGUGCUUCUCCCUCCAUGACUUCAUUCAGAUCUUUGCAGAUGAAGAGAUUGGUGAGCUGCUAAGCUCAGCAGACCCAACUCAAAAAGCUAGUCUUACCCUUGGCUGCCCCAACUCUGGUGUAUGGAAGAAUUCUGUACUGGAGAAACAUAACCUGCAGGACUUCAUUGAAAUCAAGACGAACCCACCAACAGUGCUACCAGAGAUGGAGGGACUGCAGGAAUUCACAGAGUAUCUUUCAGAGUCCCUGGAGCCACAGUCUCCUUUUGAAUUGCUGGAACCUCCCAGCACUGUAGGCUUCCUGAAGCUCUCCCGCCCUUGUUGCUACAUCUUCCCUGGUGGGAGAGGUGACUCUGCCUUCUUUGCUGUUAACGGUUUUAACAUAUUAGUCAAUGGUGGGUCUGACCCACGCUCCUGCUUCUGGAAGCUGGUGAGACAUUUGGACCGGGUUGAUUCCAUGUUGCUCACUCACAUUGGGGUUGACAACCUGCCCGGUGUGAACAGUCUGCUGCAGCGGAAAUCUGCAGAGCUGGAGGAGGAGCAGUCUAAUGGCUCCCAAAACAAUGAGGACUGGAUGAAGAACCUAAUUUCCCCUGAAGUUGGAGUGGUGUUCCUCAAUGCUCCGGAACGGCUGAAGACACUUCUUGGGGAUCCCAAAAUACUCCGUAGCUGUGACCAGGCUGCACUCACCUUGCAGUACUUGGAGAGACUGAUGAUCACACCAGAACCACUUUAUCGCUCCAACAGCUCUAAUAUUGAGCCUGUCAUCCUCUUCCAGAAAAUGGGAGUUGGUCGCCUAGAGAUGUAUGUACUCAACCCAGUUAAAGGUAGCAAGGAAUAUGAGGCUUUUCUGCAAAAUUGGCCUGGAAAUGGCUCUACCAUUAAAGCCUCGGAGAUGCCCUUGCCAUGCCUUGUCUCCAUCUGUGCUCUGCUUGUAUGGCAUCCCGCUAGUCCUCAAGAAAAGAUCAUUAGAGUUUUAUUUCCUGGGUGUACACCUCAAAGCAAAAUUCUGGAGGGGUUAGAGAAGUUAAAACACUUGGACUUUCUCAAGCACCCUGUAGUAUGUCUCAGGGAUCUUGAAACAUCCAAAUCUGAUAAGCAACCAAAACGUGCUGAGAGCAGGGAGAGUCUAAAGUCUGCAUCUAAAGACUCUAGACUUGGAAAUGCUGUUGUGAAAGAGAAGUUAAGUCGUAUUGACAUUAAGAAGCAAGAUCCCAAAGGCAAAGCCAAAGGGACAAAUGACAUAGCCUCAAAAGAAGGGAAAGAGAGUGAAGACAAACCCAAAUCGAAGGAAGGUGAUGUCAAACCAAAGCCACAAAAACUUGAUAAAGUUGUAACUAAGAAAGAACCAAUGAAGGAUGACAAGAAAGAAGUCAAAAAGAAAGAAGAAAAACCUGCAACCGGUAUUUCUAAGAAAGAGGAGAAUGGAGAGAAAAAGAAAGAGCCAGUGAAGAAGGAACCUCUUGCUGCAAAAUCUAGGAAAGACAUAAAGCCAGACCUGAAGAAGGAAAUGAAGAAGGAGUUGAAAGUUGAGGAGAAGAAACAAACAAAGGUUCCAGGCAAGGACAUCAAGAAACCGGCUACAGCAUCUGCAGCUGCAGCUUCAUCUGCUGGAGACCAAAAGAAAACUUCUGGAAAGAAUGGGACUUUAAAGAAAGAGAUGUCCUUAAAAAAGGAAGCUAUAAAUAAAGGGGCUAAACCAAAGACUGGCAAAAAGGAUCAGGAGAACCUUAAGACAUCAGGUGCCACUGAAGUGGAUGCAGAUCGCUCCAAGAUGUCAACACCAGAGGACAUGACGGCAGAAUUUGAGAAGCUGAGAGAGGAGCAAGGGCAGCAGGACAGGUGCACAGAUGAAGAGAACACUAAAACUGAGUGUAAAGUUAUUGAGAAUCAGACGGAGAAGUUGGAAGAAAGCAAUGGCAUGAAUGGAGCUAGAACAGAAGAGACUGAAAAUUUAGAUAGCCCAGAAAAGUUCCGCUCAAUGGAUACGUUUGGGAAUCCUACCAAGUCUAUUGGACCAUCAUCUCCUCUUGCCAAGACUCCAAAAAGUGACCGGAGUGUGAAUUUUGACGUCACACCCACAGAGUACCGACUGCUUGAUGGAGCCUUGAAGGAUAGCUUGUUGAGAAAUGGACAAGAAGAUGCAUGUGCUAGCUCUGAUGAGAAGACCCUGGAGCUGGUCUCUCCCCCAGGUUCAGGCCCAAACAGUGCUGGACAUACCCCUUUUCACCAAUCCCCUGAGGAGGAUUGCCUAGGCUCUGGAGAGGACAGCAGCCUUGGGGCUAAAGACAGUCGAGUCAUGGGAUCCUGUAGAAACUCUGAAUCAGGGUGUCUAAAAAGUAAUUUGGAGAACAAUUCAUCUUCCUCCCAGGACAAGCACUCUAGCUACUUGGUAUUGAGUCCCUUCAAGGACAUGCUACCUGAUGUUUCCCCAACUAUCACAACCCCAUCUUUACCAGCAGAAGUUGGUUCUCCACAUUCGACAGAAGUUGAUGAAUCUUUAUCUGUGUCUUUUGAGCAGGUUCUUCCACCCCUUUGUGAAUCUCCCAUGGAGGAGAUGGGUGAUCGGCUCUUUUCUAAUGGACACUUUGUUGACCCUGACUCCAAAGUGGGAAUGUCCCUGCCAUUGAGAACAUCUCAUAACAUUAGGCCACCGGGUGAUGGAUCAGAGGGAAGGCUCCCAGGACCACAGGGUCUUCUUACUGAAGUGCCUCCCCAUGAUGUUGACCUUUGCCUUGUCUCACCCUGUGAGUUCAAGCAUCACAAAUCUCCAGAGAACCAGCAGCAUCAAAUUUCUCCAGGGUUGGCUAACCCUAGCCCACACGACCUCUCAGAAGACAGUGACCUCUCCCAAGAGCUGGCUAAACCACUGGCGCAGCGUUGCACUGGCAACAACAGGCACUCACCUCAAGGCCAGGAGACCCCACCUACUUCUGCCAGUGAGUCCCUUCCUACAGCUUCUGACUCGGAUGUUCCCCCUGGGACAGAGGACUGCCCGUCCAUCACUGCAGAUUGUGCUUUAGAUUCUGAUGAUGAUUCUGCUGGAAUUUUCCCUCCUCAGCAGCCACAUGAUCUACCCAGCUCUCGCUCCUCUCACAGAGGCACACACUUUUCUUCUCAAGACCCUCCUCCAGCUCCCAUGAAGGAUUUGCCCCCACUGCCACCGCAGCCUGGGGCCUGUAUGGCUGACCCUGAGCCUGAAGCACAAGCUAAGAAUACAAAAAGUACCAUAACGAAACCCAAGAAAUCAGCAGGAGUCACUCAGAGGCCAGGCACAAGCAAUAGUUCAGUACAGAGCAGCAAGACUAAAUCUGGUACCCUCGGGAGCUCCAGUGGCUCUUUGAGGGCGAGCUCCAGCCUUGACACAAGACCCCCAUCUCGUGGUACCGCUAGCUCCCGAACAGGGACCACUAGGCCACCUGCAGCAGGCUCUUUGGGUACUAAGGCGGGUGCAGCUGGUGGAGUACCAGUUUGUUUGGACCUGGCAUACCUCCCCUCGAGCUUUGCAGCUGCCACUGUUGAUGUGGAGUUCUUCCGUCGCUUACGCUCUUCCUGCUACAUCGUCAGUGGAGAUGAGCCUCUGAAGGAGGCUGUCAUGAGGCCCAUUCUUGAUGCUCUACUGGAGGGCAAGACGGCAUGGCCUGGUGUUCAGGUGACCCUGAUCCCUACAUUUGACUCCCUUACAAUGCACGAGUGGUACCAGGAGACCCAUGAGAGGCAGAGGGAGCUGGGCAUCACAGUGCUGGGGAGCAACAGCACUGUCGCCAUGCAGGAGGAGACCUUCCCUGCCUGCAAGGUGGAGUUCUGAGAGAGUGGAGCAAAGAGGAGGUUGAAGAAACAAGAAAACCCGUCCUCUGUGGCCUGCAGAGAGACUCCCCCUCAUGCACCAUUCCCCUUCAUACAACCAAGUUUUUUUGUGAAAGCAGUUCCAUACCCCCUUAUCUGUGCUUCUCUCCUCCCCUUAUUUCCUGUCGAAUGGUUCAGGAGGUGUGGCAUACCACAUGCCUGUUAGGUUGUGGGGUCUUCUGCAUUUCCCCCUUCUGGAGAAGGGGAGCUAAUUACAGUCCCCGAACAAAUAUUCCCUUAUCUCAUUUUGCCAUGGGGAUAUCUAAUCAAAUGGGGUGGAAUCCGGUAUGGUCCCACUUGUCAUAAUAUUGAAAAUUCUGGUUCCACUUAUAUUUAUGGAAGCUGCUCAAUUAAAAUUAAUGCUUGGGGGGGGGGGGGGGCGGGGUGCACUGCAUAAUCAGUGCUGACGUAUAUUCCCUGACAUUCUGGGCAUCAACUGAGGAGAGAGGCAUCAACUGAGAAGAAAGAGCUGUCUGCGGAACAUUCUGAGACCCCUGACCCUCAGCCCAUAAUGGACAUGCCUUCAAAAUUCAAGUGGAAGGGUUUCCCAGUUUGUUUAUUUUUCGUAAGUUUUUCCUUAUACUGAUUUGCACAGUUCGUCCAAGGACAGAGGGAAAGUGAGGGGAAGGGAAGAUACAGGAAGGCAUGAAAGUCUUGCACUCCUAUCAAGAAGGGUCUUCUAAAAAAGUCACACCCUGAGGAUUGUGCGUCACUACAUCUUUAGCAUUCCCUGCAUGCUUUUGACAGGACUAAUAUUGGUAGGUCAGCAGCUCACCGUCUGGAGUAAUUAACAGGAAAAAAAUACUUGCGGAUGGACAGGGUGAGUUACAUAAAAGUAACUCCAUCAGUAGACUGUACAUGUAGGUAUUGAGGGAAUAUUCAUAACCUUUAAGGGUAUGUAAGUUGAAAGCGUGUAAUAAGAAGGUUUUGGAAGUCAACCAUAGAAUAAUAAAUGGUUACGGCAGAGAGGGAGUUAGAGGAUGAAAUUGGAUUGUAACCCAUUGCGAAUGGGAUUGUAACCCAUUGCGACCCAUGAUCGGGUCGUGCUCUCAAAGAAUGCAGUUAGCCACCUGGCUGUUGAACCAGCAUUGGAA